AUGAGGACCCAUAAUAAUCCCUUCUCGUUGCCGACCUUGUACGAAGCUUUAGAACGUCUCCGUCUCUCAGAAGAAAGCUCAGCUGGUUCUAUUCCUCCUCCUCCUCCUCCUGCUAUCUCCCCACGUGCCUCCACAUCAGACGCGCACUUAAUCAAACUAUUCAACCUAAUGACUAGCGAGGAAUAUGUGUCCGAGUUUAGAGAGAUUAUCUCAAAGACAACUAGCCGAGAACAUCUUCUGAAGAUUGUUUCGUUGCUGACGUCAGACUCCGAUUAUUUCUUGGAGAUUGUCAGAAACAUGUACGGUUCGAUACACGUGCAAAAGCUCCUCGGAAUGUCUGAUGACAUGGAUGCGUUAUUAUACGCCGCUAUCUUGCACCGGUUAUACGACAUCAUGACCGAUAAGUACGCAUCCUACGUGGCCAUUCGAGCUAUGCUAGUUUUGGACACGAUGGAGAAAUUUAUCAUGUACGAUCACGUACUCUACUACGCGCCCGACAUAGCGCGUGAUCAGUACGGAUGCAUCGCCCUAAACGUGGUUAUAACCGAUGUGGAUGAUUCUCACUACAGAAAGCUUCUACUAGACUUCGUGUCACGCAACGCUCUCUGCCUAAGUAACCAUCCUUCAGGGAACUUUGUGGUUCAACACGUGCUUAAGCUGUAUGAUUCACGUUGCACGUAUAACAUUGCGUUUAGUCUUCUUGGCCAUUGCGUUGAUCUGUCGUUUAAGAAGUAUGGAAGCUACAUUGUGGAGAAGCUUCUAGAUGCUGAGGAGUCGAUGGAUGUGGUGGUGAUGGAGCUUUUGGAGUGCGAUGAAGACAGGUUGAUGAGGCUGGCGAGGAAUGGGUUUGGGAAUUUCGUGGUGUUCAAGGCACUCAGAGUCACGCAGGAGAUUAAUAGAUUCGAUCUGUUUAGUGGUUUGGUGCAGAAGCUGAUGCCUCUUCGCCACCUUUUGGUUAGGUCUUACGGAAGCAACAUUGCAAAACUCUUGGAGUCAUGUUCUAUAACACUACAAGAUGGUAAAGAAGUUUAUCCUUCAAGUUUUAUAUAA